AUAUUUCCGCGCUUGCAGCGGCUGUGGUAGCCAGUUUCCCAGCGCCCGCUAACACUGUGUCCGGCAUCCGAGACCCUUCUGCCCCGGGGUGAAAUGAUCUCCCAACGCCUUCUGUACGUGUUCCUGAUGGCGCUGCCCGGGGUCGCGGCUGAACAGGAUUAUCCUCUCCCAAUGAAAAGUGCAUCUGACUGCCUGAAUACAAUGACAGCAUACUUCAAUAAAGAGCUAAAUUGGUGCUGCAGUAAUUGCCAACCAGGUACCCGUGUGGUCCAGCAUUGCACGAAGGAGAUGGACACACAAUGCAAGCCCUGCGGGGAGAAGCAGUUCACGGCAUAUUGGCACAGGAUGAAGAAAUGCAAGGGAUGUGCAGCUCAGUGCUCGGAUGACCAGGAAGAGAACCAGCCCUGCACACCGACCACCAUGAGGGUGUGUCACUGCCGCCAGGGCUUCUACUGCAUUGAUCCUUCUGACAGGACGUGUAACCGUUGCCUGAAAUACCAUGAAUGCAAGGAUGGUUUUGGUGUCAUCGAGCAAGGAAAUAAAGACGCUGAUGUAAAAUGUGCUCCAUGUGCUUCUGGAACAUUCUCUGACAAAAUCUCUGCCACCGAGACCUGCAGACCGCACAUUAAGUGUGCAGCGCUGGGGAGAGAGAUUUUACACGAGGGAAACAGCAGGGAAGAUGCAGUUUGCGGUGAUGAACUACAGCCACGGUCCCCGACUCCGAGGACCAUCGUUGCAACGGGUGCAGGUGGUACCCCUCUGCCACAGGACACACCUGACACUACUGUGGAACCAAUAAACAAGACUCUUGCCACAGGCGGCAAGCCCCCCCCGCACAUUCUUUCUCGUCCCUGGUUGCUGGGUAUUGGCUUUGGGGGUUUGGCCUUAAUCGUUUUGGUCGUUGUGGCUACAGUCUGUCUCCUUCACAAGAGAAAAGGACGGACGCCUGAUCCAAAAGAUGAAGUGCCUCCGGAGAAUGUGGCCCAAGUAGAGACGACCUGUUUAAUUAGCGAGACUGAAGCCAAGCAGGUGCCUGGGAGCAGGAGCUGGGAGCAGAAUGGUGGAGCAGGGUCACUGGGCUCUUCAUUGUCCAGGUCCAGCAGUGAGGAGUCACGAGACGCCAGGAAGAACGGCCUGAAGGAGGAGGAUCAGUUGCAGACUCACGUUGCUCUUUUGAAGAAUGAUUCACAGGCGGAUUGUCAAGAAGACCAGGGAUACAUCAGCCGGGAAUCCCGGCCCAGCUCAGGAACCCCGUCACCCAUCAUGGAAUUCAGCGGAAACCCAACGGUGAGCGUUACGAUAAACACCGGCAAGUGUUUCGUCAACUGCUACCAUUGUCAGGAGGACAAGUCCUCUGGCCCAGGGUUGGAUGUGGACCAGAGUCGCACUCCCGAGGAGGAGCAGGGGAUUGAACUGGAUGAGGGGUUCCCAAUCCAGGAGGAACAGAGGGAUUCGGAUUCGGAGAAGUGGAAGGAGAAUGGUUCUUCUGUGGUGGCGAUGCCCCAGGCCAGCUGGCUGGACAACUCGGUGCCACAUCAGGAGGAAGGGAAGGAGUCGCAUCUUCCCGUUCAAGACACAUCUGGGAAUGUUUACUGAGUGUGGAAUGAGGGCCACACAAUGGCCUGGAUCUCUGUGCUGAAGCCUCUGGAGGGCUUGGAAUGAGGCUCCUGUCUAACUUGCUGGUUGGUGCUCAUCCCCCCUCCCCACCUCCCCCCC